CCUAUGAUCAGCACCUACAAAGAUGAAUACCGACCUCCUGCUCAAAUUGUGAAGUCUAAAGUGAUCCGGAGGAACCCUCUUAUAAAGCUUUCUUUGACCUCCAAAUGGCAGCCUUUGUCUUGUGGUGCCCUCAAGGAAAGGGCAUGCCAGUUUCCAAAGGCACACACAGAAUCAUCAGUAUGCAAGCAGAAGCCUCCUGUUCUGAUAAUACCAGUGGAUGUUUCUAAUGACAAAGAAAAGGAUUGUAUUGAGGCUAUGUUAAAAAAUGUACAAAACAAGCAACCAUCACAGAAGAUCCAGCUUCCCAGAUUAGUUAAAAAAGGUGUUCCAGACAGCCGCUGUGCAAAACCUAUUCGAGUUAACCAACUAAAAGGUGUAGACCAUAGAGUGGAUGACUCACAUGUCAAUGAAAGGCACCUGAAACAACUUAUGGACAAAAUAGACAGGGAAAUUCCUAGCGCUGAUGACUUCCUUGACUCACAGACGAUGUGGUACCCUGUAUACUCAGAAAGAGUUAGAACAAAGAAAGUCCAGCAGGCAAUCAGGUGGGAUAGCAUUUUCUUCCAGCAGGUCAGACUACCUCCGAGAAACUGCUACAUUAUUCAUCCUGAGUUUGCUUCAGAAGAUCUUGGCAAGAAGAACAAUUUACAAUCACCUGUACAUUCCCUGCUAUAGAUAAGAAAGAGAAAUUGAAUUGCGUUGAUUAGCUUUCUCUCCACAUUUGAUCUGAGUCUUUUUUGUAGAAAACAAAAAUGAUUACUCAAGAGACCCCUUGGGCAAUCACUUACAUACCAUGUUAAUCACAUAACAGCAAUUUUCAUUCAUAAAAUUACUAAAGACAGUAAAACACGUUUUAAAUA